AUGUCAACGCAAGACCCCCUUGACACGAUGGACAAGCAGAACGGCUGCGGGCUGGCAACCCUGCCAGUUGAACUCAUCAUGCGCAUUACUUACACUCUCACAACCUCCGAUCUGUCGUCUUUGCGCCUGACUUGCAAACGCAUCACAGACGCUCUCUCGUCUCAAUACAUUCGGGAGUUCUUUACCAAGAAGCAGUUCAUGCUGUCGGAAUUCAGCCUCAAAGCCCUGGUCGAUAUCUCAAAGCACGAGGCCUACUCGCAAAGCCUGACGCAUGUCAUCUUUGGCUUGGAUCAUUUCGAGCUGCAAGACGCCGGGACCCGGGACCUCUCCUCGGAGCAGCUCACCGAGUAUCGGGCCGGCCAUGCCGAGCAGCAGUACCUGAUAUCGUCAAGUCGCGGCCAGCUUCUCCUCGUCGAGGCGUUCAGAAACCUUCCCAGACUAGAAACAAUCGACAUCAGGGACUUUAGCUCGAACCGGCGCUCGCGCGAUGGUCCUACACGCAAGUGGUGCAGCUAUGGCGCGCCGACCAUUUGUAAAAAGACGGGACGGGAACUGACGACCAGCGGCUACCCACGUGGCGAUUUCGCCUCCAAGACAUUUGCGCUCGUGCUCGCGGCAGCGGCAGAGGCCGGCGUCCGGCUUUCCAAGCUCGAGGUUAUAUGCCGAAACAAGACAUGGGGCCUCACUGACUUCGCCUUCUACGUGCCGCCUGCCCUUGAGCCUGCCUACGACUCCGUGCUGGCGGGCAUCCGCGUGCUGAACCUGGACCUCUAUCCCGGACUCGGCUUGGAUUUCGGGCGUAUCACCAACCCCGAGGAGUACCGCGUGGCUACGGUCAUGCUGAAGAAGUUCCUGCGCCGGACCACGAAUGUCACACAUCUGCGCCUGAACUUGCAGCAUGCUAGCCACACCGCUGCGCAGACGCUCAUUGAGUGGAUUGGCCAUCCCGACCCGGACUCGGAUGACCCGCUGUUCCCGGCGCUCGACGACCUCUCUCUCGGCAGUCUCGAGGUCAAGCCCGAGACCAUCGUCAGCCUCCUCAACAAGUUCCCCAAGCUGACCAGCGUCGGCCUGAGGAGGAUGGUGCUCAUCGAUGCUUCGGCCGACGAUGUGCGAGGCAACGUCUGGCUGCCAGUGGUGAACCGGCUGGCCAAGCUCGAGGAGCUGAAGCAUGUCCAUCUCGGAUUCAUGCGGCAGAGGAAAGAACAUGGCGUGAUCAUCGAUGUCUCGCUGUUCGAACUGGCUAAGCGGCCUGGCCCGACCAUGAAAAUCUAUGCCGCUUCCCUCGAGGGCGACUUCUACGGCAGCCCCAGGAGAGUGAGGGAGUGGCUCCUCAACACCGCGCGGGAGAUGUACGUCCAGUGGCCGCCCGAAAUAGAGGACGCGGACGAAUUGGAUGAAGACGAUGGCGAUGGCGAAGGUUCCGAUGAAGAACAUGAUAGCGACGGCGACGAUGACGGUAAUGGAGACGAUGAGGAAUGA